UUUCUCUUAAAAAAAGUAAGUUAGUAAUUAUCAUAUAUAACAUUUAUAAUUUUCAUAUAAACACAAAAGUUCAAUAAUUUAUUUUCAUUUUGAUAUGUCAGUUUUAGCGUUGACUUAGAUAUCUAGUCAUUCAAAUAGCUGACCAAACCUCUCUAUUAUUUAUCCUUCCUCCUCUAAACCCCAUUAAACAAAAAACAUCAAACCACAACCGCCAUGAACGCUUCCCAACCGCCUCCACCUCCGGCGAUGCCAGGCUACAACCACCUCCUUGGCACAGAAGACAUCGUAGGAUUCAGAUGCAGAAUCGGAUUCUCCAUCGGAGUGCUCCUCCUUAUCAUCACCACAAUCACCCUCAUUUCCUACUUCUGCAGACGUACUUCACCAUCACAAACCACUCCAGACUGGACACGUGUGCACCACCACUUCAUCAUCGACGGUCUUGACGAAGAGACUAUUCAAAGCUACCCGAAGAUCCUCUACUCAGAAGUGAAGGGAAACUCAACUUCGACAUGUUGCCCAAUAUGCUUAGGAGACUACAAGGGGAAUGAUCUGCUGCGGCAACUCCCAGAAUGCAACCACUUCUUUCACCUCAAAUGUGUCGACAUGUGGCUUAAACUCAAUCCUACGUGUCCUGUCUGCCGUACAACGCCGCUUCCUAGUCCUCAACCCAGCCCUCUCGCCGAGGUUGUCGUUCACUCAACCUCCUCUGUGGCCACCACCCGGAUGUCGUGA